GCAAAUCCUGUGGCAAAAUGUUAGCGCUAGUACACGGCAAUACUGCCUUUACAAAGGUUUCACAGAUGAGGGUAGUCGGUCAGCUUGUAACUUAGUCCAAUGAACUGCAAAACGGCAAAAUAACAGAAACAAUGAACUUCAGAUUUGGGUGUUAUCCAAGAUAAAUUUUGUGGUAUCAUCAACAUUUCAGUGGAAGGGCUGCAUGAUGUUAUGACUGAAGAUCCUGAAACAGGAACAUACAAAGACUGCAUGUUGAUGUGUCAUUUUGAAGAGCCCAAAGCUACAGAAGAUGAGGAACCUCCCACAGAACAAGACAAAAGGAAAAAAAUGCUUGCACUGAAGGACCCUGUACACACUGUGUCUUUGCAGCAGUUCAUCUAUGAGAAGCUAAAGGCACAGCAGGAAUUACUGGGAGAACAAGGUUUUCAGGCACUUAUGGAAACCGUGGAUACAGAAAUAGUUGCACAGCUACAAGGAUUUUUACAGGGCUUCUGAAUAAGCAGAAAUGAGAUUUUGUAUGUCCAAUUUUCCUUUCCAAAAAUCUGAAAGAACUCUAGCCUUCCAUCUUGUAUGGAAGAGCUUACUACAAGCUGAAAAUAACUUGUUUUAAAAAAUAAAAAAUUAAUUUCUGUUGUUGCU